AUGCGCACGUUAACGUUGGCCCGUCGCCUGCGCCCACUCGUCCGGAGCUUCCACGCGUCGACGGCGACGGCCGAUGCGGUCCUCAUGGAGGACGAGUACGGUCUCAUGGAGGCGAGCAAGCAAGUCUUCCACGUCCCAUCAUUCACGCUCGAGAGCGGCGUGACGCUGCAGGAUGUGACCGUCAACUACAAGACGUUUGGCGAGCUCAACGCUGCGCGGGACAACGUGCUCGUCGUGUGCCAUGCGCUCACGGGCAACGCGGCGCUCGACACUUGGUGGGGCAGCCUCCUUGGCGACGGCAAGCCCUUUGACACGGCCAAGUACCACGUUGUGUGCGCGAACUUUCUCGGCUCGUGCUACGGCACAACUGGACCGACGUCCGUCAACCCGUCCACCCAGCGCCCGUACGGAUCAUCAUUUCCGCUCACGACGAUCCGCGACAGCGUCGGACUGCACUUGCGCCUCGUCCGCGACGAGAUUGGCGCCAAGAAGAUUGCCGCUGUCAUUGGCGGGUCCCUUGGUGGUAUGCAAGCCCUCGAGUGGGGCUUCCUCGGGAAGGGACUUGUCCAGCGCCUCGGCGUCAUCGCGUGCGGCUCCCGCCAUACCGCGUGGCAGAUUGGCAUGAGCGAAGUCCAGCGCCAAGCCAUCUACCGGGAUCCGCUGUACUGCGGUGGCCACUACGACCCAUCGCGCCCGCCAAACGAUGGCCUCGCCAUCGCUCGCCAAAUGGCCAUGCUCACGUACCGCACGCACCGCGUGUACGCCGAACGCUACGGUCGCGAGACGCACCCCGACGGCCGCUUCGCCGUGCAGUCGUACCUCGACUACCAAGGCGACAAGUUUCUCACGCGCUUUGACGCCAACGCGUACGUGGCGGUCACGAAAUCGAUGGACACGCACGACGUCGGGCGCGGGCGUGGCGGCGUCGACGCCGCCUUGGCGACGCUGCGCGACCUGCCCGUUUCGAUC